AUGUCUCCAUACCAAUUGGUCUUUGGCAAGGCUUGCCACUUGCCAGUUGAGCUUGAACAUAGAGCAUUCUGGACUCUAAAACUACUGAACUUUGAUGAGCAAGCUGCUGGAGAAAAGAGGCUAAGGCAACUCAACGAGUUGAAGGAAUUUAGGAACCAAGCAUAUGAGAAUGUAAAGAUAUACAAAUUUAAAGAGAACACAAAAAAGUGGCAUGAUCAAAAGAUAGCAAGGAGGGAGUUCACUGAAGGACAAAAGGUGUUAUUGUACAAUUCUAGACUUAGGUUCUUCCCUGGGAAGCUUAAGUCUAGAUGGUCUGGACCCUUCACCAUCAUCAAAGUGUACCCCUAUGGUCAAGUGGAACUCAUGGAGGACAAAACACAAAGAACCUUCACUGCAAAUGGCCAUAGACUCAAGCACUACCUGGGGGACUCACUGGAUGAAAGGAGAGUGAGCUACCACCUCAACUGA